GUUAAUACCUCGUUUCUAGGGAAGAUGUGGGUGAAGAUGAAGAGAAACCUAAAGAUAUCAUCAGGUUCACCGCCGAGAAGCUGUCCGUGGAGGAAGUCUCGCAGCUGGUGACGUCCCCGCUCUGGGGUGCGGUGUCCCUGUUUGUGGGGACCACGAGGAAUCACUUUGAAGGGAAAAAAGUCAUUAGCUUAGAGUACGAAGCAUACAUACCGAUGGCGGAAAACGAAGUCCGGAGGAUCUGUGGUGACAUGAGGCGGAAGUGGCCGGUCAGGCACAUCGCGGUGUUCCACAGACUCGGCCUGGUCCCCGUGUCCGAAGCGAGCGUUGUCAUCGCCGUGUCUUCGGCCCACAGGGCUGCGUCCCUCGGAGCCGUGAGCUACGCCAUCGAUGCUCUGAAGGCCAAGGUGCCCGUGUGGAAGAAGGAAAUAUACGAAGAAUCAUCAUCAUCUUGGAAGAGAAACAAAGAAUGCUUUUGGGCAGCCAGCGAGUAAAUCACUCACGUUGGUGAAGUGGUCGCCUGACCUUGGGCCACAAUCUGAUUUUCCUUCUCCAGAGCUCAGGAGAGUUUAGGGUGAGGUCUGACACUGGAGCUAGAGAGAGGGACCGCCUCUAGGGGGAAACGGAAGAACAAUUUAAACACGAGGAAAGAUGUCAGCGGUAGACAAAUGAACUCAUGACGAAUGAUUGUAACUGGACUCAGAGUCUGUCUCAGAACCCACCUCCCCAUCCCCCUCCCCACAGCCAGGGUGCCACUAUGGUGCUGGCUGGAGGGCGCACAAAGUCAUUACUGGACAGUCAUGAUAUAUUUUCAGAAUUUAUAUAUUUAAAAAGUAAACCAAAUAAACAUGAUUAAAAACGUUUAUGAGCA